AUGACGAAUCCCCUUGACGACAACUCUGUCCAGAUCACACUAAAGGACUCCGACUACGGACGAAUCCUUAGAACGAUUGAGAAUAGCGCAUUCAACGAAACCGCUAUCUUAACCCCCGCGUACUCCCAAGUGAUCGACAACAUCCUUGGUGAGAAAGACGCCAGACUUGCAGCAGGCACCUCCCUUGCCGUCUGCAUUAUAAGAACCACGAAGCUACUGGAAGACGUAGCCAAUCGUGUUGACCUGGAUGAAGAGACGAAGAAACUCGCCAUCAUUCAUUUACAGAAACGGAUUCGCGGCCUCGCGCUCCAUCUACUCCCGCUUGACUUCCCCGACAUCGCGAACCAAGCUGUUAAAAUUGUAGAAACCAGAAAGGCCAAAGAAGAAGAAAUCCGUCCGGUACGCCCGCCUAGAAAACGAAAGGCUACCAUAGAUCGUACCCGCAUAACGCUAUGCAAGCGAUGCGGAGGAUACGGACACAAUUUUAGAAAGUGUCCAGACGCUGUGUGCUGCAUCUGCAGCGAAAUCGGACCCGACCACCUGUCGGUCCACUGCCCUCGACUCGGAGAAGUAGCAUGUCUCCCAGAGUUUCGAGACGACGAGGAAUACUACGAACUCCUCGUAGAUUGGGAGAAGAACCACGUUGCGCUAGAAGAACUAAUCGUGAACAACCCCGCGCCGCGCUCGCCCACUCCCAUUAGCACCUGCAGUAUUACUGCCAAUCCAGACGAAGAAACCCGGGAGAGAGUUUUGUCGUAG